UCUAUUACAAUGGACAACCUCAUAAACUUUAAUAUGUCAUCUGAGGCCACAACUCUAAACGUAGCAAAUGACAACCUUCAGGGCCAUUCAGACUUUUUGUCCCCAGAGCAUCCUUCUUCCAGAUUUCCUCAACAACCUUUAUUGCCCGAGCCCAUGGCGCCAACCAAGUCCAGCUCACAUCAUCAUGAUGAAGAUGAAGAGGAAAGCGAUGCAACAGAGUCAGCAGACAGUGAGAACGACAUGGACCCACCUUCAACUAUGUGGGAACUGCGGCGGUCUUCAUCCUCAUCUGUUCACAGUAGUGAGGACACUGAUGCUGAAACCUUGGAGAGAAGAGAGUUCAUGAAAACAUAUGUCGAGAAAGUGUUUCACGGAAGGCAGGACCUAGACCAAGAAGAGAAGGCUCAUUUUGGAGAAUUAUGCAUUGGCGAAAAUGGCAAAGGAAGGGAAUGGUUUGCCAAGUAUGUAAAUGCUCAGCGCUGCCACUCCAAAUGUGUGAGUGAAGCUACGUUCUACCGACUAGUGCAGUCAUUUGCGGUUGUGCUGUUUGAAUGCUACCAAAUGGAUGACUACAGCCCAGCCAAAAACCUCAUGACAAUGUGCUUUACGUACUACUACAUUGGAAAGUCCCAGCCUUCUCCUGCAGAGCUUCUUGAACGAGGUGGUGGUCUUCCUGCUGGUCCGGACUCAUAUUUUAUCAAGGCCAACUCUUGGCUCUCAGAUAAGAAAGAUGCCGCCGAGCGACUCCUUAAAAACUCAUCGAAGACUGAUGUCAAAGGCUUUUUUGGAGGCCUAGAAAGCAAAUUGAGAAACUCAGUCACUCUAAAAACCGAGGGUGCCGAAAAUCCAGUUGAGACAAAACCCAGAUCACCAGUAUCAGCGGUUCCAGAGGAAAAAGUGGGAGAAAAGGUGUACUUGUACACCCACUUGAAGCAGCAACCCAUCUGGCACACGUUGCGAUUUUGGAACGCUGCGUUCUUUGAUGCAGUUCAUUGUGAGAGAAAAAAGAGGUCGCCAACAACAAGGGGAACUCAAGAUGGAGAGAGAGAUAAGAGGUCUAAAUGGUGCCACAUGACCCAGGAGGAAAGGGACGACACUUCCAAAAUGGAUGAGAACAUUGCCUUUGGGCAGCUGGGGACAUUUACUCACAACAUGCUGGCAUUUGGACUCAGCAAAAAACUGUGCAAUGAUUUUCUGAAAAAGCAGGCUGUAAUUGGAAAUCUGAAUAAAGAACAGUACAAGCUGUUAAGUGACCAUAUCGAGAAAAUGGCAGCAGAGUGA